AUGUUUUUCCAGUAUUACCUCAAAAAGCAGGGGGACCGGGUCUAUACGGUGAAGAAACUUGACCCUAUGGGACAACAGACCUGCUCCACACAUCCCGUUCACUUCUCCCCAGAUGACAAAUAUUCUCGACACCAAAUCACCAUCAAUAAACGCUUCAAGGUGCUCAUGACCCAGCAACCGCGCCCCAUUCUCUGA